UUGCUGCUUUUGUCUGUUUCAAAUGUGCAGGUUUAGAUUAUGAGAGCCGACGCCGGCCUCUGGGGUGCAAUCAUCUUAAUACUGAAGAACGAGCCGUGAGCGGCCGCCAAGGAAAGGAACCUUCUCCACAAAUGCCACAGACCCGUCACAGCUGAAAGUGGCUGUGGAUCGUCGUUGCAUCCAUAAAUGUUGAUUGACGUGGAUUUGUUCAUUACGUUUUUCUUCCCACCUCUCUCUGUCUCUCCCUCCCUCUCGCUCUCUCUCUCUCUGGCUCUCUCUGGCUCUCUCUCUCUCCCAGUGCCUACAAUAGCAUAGCGGCGAGAUCUGCACUUUGCAGAAUUCCGUUGAUUGAUGAAUGAGCCAAAGGGAAAAAUCCAAACGGGAUCAAAGUUCGCUGACACGCUGUGACGAAGUCUCAGGCCAGAGGAAGAGGAAGAGGAAGAGAGGACAAAUCUGUCUGGCCGUGUUCUGCAGAUAGAAGAAUGAAGCGCCCGGGAACUUUUUUCAGGUCUGGAAGAGUUGCACCCCUGUGAUUGUCGGGGGUUCAGAGGAGGCUUGGUUGCAAGACAAGACCAAUCAUUUGUCUUGAUUCCCUGGACUGAGAGCAGGGAAAACAGAGGGGACGGGAUGAGCGCAACCCCUCCAUCAAGACCUGAUCUAUUUCCCCCCCAAACAAAUUAGCGUAUUCAUGAGGUUACGCAAAUGUGGAGGCAGUGAAAAUUACCGUAAUCAAUUGAAACAGCAAGUGUGCAUCCAUGGCUCUGAUUAUUUGAAGAUCAGCCUGGUGUCUGUGUAACGAGGAGAGGGGGCCACUGAAUUACUGCCCAGUUUCACUCACAGGUCCAUGAUCAUUGGGCAAAAGGAGUUUGGUCAGUGAUAACAGGGCUUCUUAGUCUGCCCACAGAACUCUUUUAGCCAACAUUAGAUAGGUGACUGUGUCCUGCUGAAAGGUGCUGUUUUGAAAGUAAAACCCUCACUGUCCACAGCGUCUGCAGCCAGAGUCUCUGUAAUAUUCUUCACUUAACAAAAGGGAGGAAAACACAAGAUAACCUGAGCAUGGAGGUCAGGUACAGCCAAGACACGGACGGCAUGGUGCUGAAGAAUGGACUAAAGGAGGGGAAGGACGGCAAGGAUGGCAAGGACUCCCAGAGCAGCUUGUCCAAAAGCUUCCUGAAGGAGCAGCAGGACUCCUUCUCCCCGUCUGGGACUCUGGACAACUGUGAGAAGAACAGAGGCAGCACAGCAGACCCAGACUACUGCCGCAGAAUACUGGUCCGAGAUGCUAAAGGCUCAAUCCGCGAGAUUAUCCUGCCAAAGGGCCUGGAUUUGGACCGGCCCAAAAGAACCCGGACCUCGUUCACUGCAGAGCAGCUUUACCGCUUAGAGAUGGAGUUCCAGAGGUGUCAGUAUGUGGUCGGGAGAGAACGCACUGAACUGGCUCGCCAGCUCAAUCUAUCUGAAACACAGGUUAAGGUCUGGUUCCAGAACCGACGCACUAAGCAGAAAAAGGACCAGGGGAAGGACUCUGAGCUGCGUACAGUGGUUUCAGAAACAGCAGCGACCUGCAGUGUCCUCAGACUGCUGGAGCAGGGACGGCUCUUGACGCCUCCCGGCCUGCCUGGCCUCCUGCCACACUGCAGUGGUGGCACCCUGGGCUCGGCCCUGCGCCCUCCCUCCAUGGCUAUGGCCAGCAAUGGCAGCAAUAGCAGCAGCAGCAGUGGUGGUGGAGGCAGCACUGGCACUGCAGGCGGCAGCCCUCCUCUACCAGCUGUGAGCAGCUCAGGGACAGUAGCAGGCCUGCAGGGCUCGUCCGCAGCACACAGCCUCUUCAGCUUCCCCAUGCCCUCUUUACUAAGUGGUGUUGCCACACGAAUUUCCUCCAGCCCCCUGUCCAUGGCCGGCUCGCUGGCUGGCAACCUGCAGGAACUUUCCGCUCGCUACCUGAGCUCCUCUGCUUUCGAACCUUAUUCGCGGACUAAUGGCAAAGAAUCCAUGGAGAAGAAGAUUCUGGAAUGAUGCUUUGUUUUCUCACAAAUGGAUUGCGCUUUUUUUUGCAGGACAUGUGUUUUGGUUGUUUUCUUGACAUUCACUGUCUUUGUUUGGGUCCUCUCAGUCUCUGUCUGUGUCUGUAGACGUUCAUGUAUAACAAUUACACAUGUGGCAUCUUGUACAAGGUUGCUAGCACGGGAAAUAUAACAGCACAAAACGUUCUUUGUUGCAGAGAUUUACAAAGAAAAAUAUACAUUUACACAGAGGUUCUACAUUUUUACAUUAGUCCAACUUUAAAAAUAUAUUCUGAAGAACCCUCACAUAUUUCCUUAUAAAUUGUUCAAUUAGAAAUGAAGCUAUGAUCAAUUCUAUUCCAGAUACAAAGGAAUGUACUAUUUAUUGUACUCUGAAGCCUUUAGUAAAAAGGUUUGAACAAAAAUAGACUUUUCAUAUAUCAUGAUGAUUUUAAUGGAUGAAUCUUUUAAAUGAACCCUAUGGAUGGGAUUAAAAGUUGUGAACCCCCAAUUUGAGAACCCCUGCUACAGAGAACAUGGCCACUUCACAGCGUAAAAGCCUCUGGAAGAUGACGAGACACAUGGUGUAUUGUUGACAAAGUGAUUUUAGUUUUACUAUUUGUGUUUGUGUAGUUCCAUGUCACCGUGAUGAGUAGAUAAAAGACCACGAGUUUCUGAGGACAGUGAACCAAUCAGAAUGUCACAAUCUAAACUGCAGUACAAAGAACAGAGAAAAAAGCAAUGUGUGCGUUUGAAACACACCUCAAAUUCGGUGUCAGACGGAAAAGUCAGUGCAGUGGACACUGAAUGCAAAAAGAUGUUUAACAUACGUGUCACCAACCCAAAACAUAAUCCAGGAAGGAGUCAUGUGAGAGUGAGACGGUUCAAUCGUUCUGUGUUGUGUGUUUUCUCUGUGGUUUAUUGAGGAUUUUCUAACAUUUUACAACCAAACCCUUCACUUUAAGCUUUCUUCUGCGGGAUUGUGUACAGGAGUGUUUCUGUGCACAGUUUCUAUUCCACAUAGAAGAUAAGAGUUGCAGAGAGGUGACCUUUUAUGGGCUUUUCAGCAUUACCUACAGCUUUCAUAAAAAAAAAAAGAUUUAGGGAGACUGAUUCAUGUGAAGACUGGAUGGAAUUAUUGUAGUA